CCCAACACCAGCACGUGACCUCGUCUGCACACCAACACGACACGAUGGCGCUUCGUUCACGCUCGGCAACGAUCGCCAAGGCGCAGAGCACGCUGGAAAUCCUCAUGAGAAUGGGCUUUCCAAGAAACCGAGCAGAAAAGGCGCUUGUAGCAACGGGCGACACGGGCGUGCAAGAAGCGAGUGAAUGGAUUUUGUCUCAUGUUUUUGAUCCGGAGCUUGACAAGGCGGGCGGUAGGGACUUCGUUGUGUAUGCGAUGCCGUUGGGUGGGCUUGGUGCGCAGCUCGGCGAGCUGUGGGACACGUCGCUCGCUCAGACGGGGAGAAAUGGCGCGCACAAGUCGUUUCCUCACGUGACUUUAUGUCAGUUUUUCAAGUGUGACAACAGCAAAGUGUCUCAGAUGAUUCAUGCCCUACAAUGUGCUAUCGACGCAAACAAAGGUUUAACUCCUGAGGAGAUUGUUAUGACUCCGUUUUUAUCAGCAUCGUAUAUCGGACUGUUUAUGGAGGAGUCAUCAGCUCAGUGGUUUCGGAAAGUUAUGAACUCAUUUGCAGUCGAAGCAUCUAAAGCAGCUGGGUGUAAGGUUGAGCCUCACCGAAAGCAACUUCAUCUAACUCUUGCAUACCAAUAUGCUACAAACCAGCAGCCAGUGUUAGAAGCAAUGGCUAAGAAAGUCAAUCCAAAGGCACCAGCAAGAUGGGAACUGAGGCUGUACUCACGCGACCCUCGCAUGGCACAAGGAGAUUUAUAUCAUGUGUUGUUUGCGCAUACUCCUCGAAGUGAUGAUGAAUUGGAACUGACAGAGGAGGACUUUAUUAUGAUUAAUCCUGAAUCGUCGCAGACCGACAGCGUUGGCUGGCUGAUCGGCACUUCUCAUCUGACGGGUAUGACCGGAGUUAUACCAGCAAAUUAUAUAGAGAAAUGUCCAGAGACAGAUGGAUGGACUCUACACAGAGUUUGGCCUGCAACUAAAAUCUCGAGCUCAGAAGAGUCACCUAUGAGCCCAGUACGUGCAGGAACCGUCGUUGCUCGACAUCAGACUCGUGGAGAGGAACAAGGAAGCCAAUACAAAUCACCAGAGGGCUUGUUCUCUCAUGAUGUUGACGUAGAAUAUGCACAAGUCAUCAAGAAGAAAGACAGAGGAGGAGCAAUAAGGAAACGAAGUAUUUCGUCAGCACCUCGUUCGAUCUUAAUUAUGAGGCAUGCCGAGCGCGUCGAUGUGACGUUUGGUCAACAGUGGAUCACUUAUUCGUUCGAUCAGGACGGCACGUAUGCACGGAAGAACCUAAACAUGCCGAGAUCUGUGCCGAAUAGGAAAGGUGGGAUUAACGACUUCAAGACAGAUGGACCGAUCACCGAGAUGGGAUUGCAUCAAGGUAGACUGAGCGGCGAGGCAAUGAAAGACAAUGGUGUGACCAUUACGCACGUCUUCUCAUCUCCGGCUCUUCGCUGUGUCCAGACUGCCGAUGCUAUCCUUCAGGGCUACAACGCUGAUCCAUCACUCAAAAUCCGUGUCGAACAUGGUCUGUUUGAGUGGCUUGCAUGGUGUCAACACGGUAUGCCAUCAUGGCUGGCUCCACACGAAAUGACUGCAUGUGGCCUAAGGGUUGAUACCAACUACAAAUCUCUUAUUACUCCCGACAAGCUGAAUCCGAAGGAAAGAGUGGAUAAUUAUUAUCGUCGAAGUGCUGAGCUCACGAAGCAUUUUCUCGGGCUUUCGGGUCCGAGUUCAACUCUACUUAUUGUUGGACAUGCAGGGACGCUUGACGCAAGCACGAGGCAGUUGGUUGGAGAGCAGCCAAGGAACGCGGCUGACUUAACUCGAGUUGUUCAGAAAGUUCCGUACUGUGGUGUGUGUGUUUGUGAGGAGUCGGACACAGGGAGCUGGCAGAUAGUUUGCCCGCCGUUUUCCACACUCACUCAUGCUCCUAAUCCACGAUACGAUUGGAGACUGGUAAAGAGCUAGUGUUGUAUGCGAACGAUAGCGAUACGCUAAGUCAUGGGUAGUUAUUGCCAAGUGGCUGUCUUUGGACAUUUUGCAUUUUCGUAUGAAACUAGGGUAUUAUGUCUAGCUGACUGGUUUGUUGGAGGAUUGAGACUAUAAGUAUGUAGUAAAUUUUUUGGUUUGUUUUCGA